AUUAUGUAUUGACAAUCGUAAUGAAUUAUGGAGUAUGAGAUCAAAAUGAAACGGGAAAAGUAUCAUCACUCCUUAACAACUCACGGUGCUGGUAUGAGAUCAAAGUUGUAAGUUCUUAUUCUAACUGCAACUUUUAAAGCUUGACCUCCACAUUAAUUUCUUUGUAAUUUCAUCAUUUCGCUCCUUAUUUCAAACGUCUCCAAUUCUCAACUAAACCCCAGAAAAAUUAGGGUUGAAUUGAGGUCUCGGCAAUUAGGAUUAUUGUCUGAAUUUUCCGGAUCAAUUGGAAUCCAAAAAUGGCGGCCAUUUAUAGCCUAUACAUAAUCAACAAAUCUGGAGGUCUCAUUUACUACAAGGAUUAUGGAUCAGCUGGUAGAAUGGACACGAAUGAUACAUUGAGAUUAGCGAGUUUAUGGCAUUCAAUGCACGCUAUUUCUCAGCAAUUAUCGCCUGUUUCGGGUUGUUUUGGGGUUGAACUUCUCGAAGCUGAUACCUUUGAUCUUCAUUGCUUCCAAUCUCUCACUGGAACAAAGUUCUUUGUGGUAUGUGAACCUGGAACACAACAUAUGGAGCUUCUCUUGAAGUACGUUUAUGAGCUAUACACAGAUUAUGUGCUAAAGAAUCCUUUUUAUGAAAUGGAGAUGCCUAUACGCUGUGAGCUCUUUGACAUCAACCUUACUCAAGCUGUGCAGAAGGAUCGUGUUGCUUUGCUAGGCCGAUGAUUGAUCUUAAUCACUCAAGACAAAACUACCAGUUUUGUAAAUUUGCUCCUAUUCAACUUUUCUCUCAUUACGUUUCAUGAUAUUACAGUCUGCUGCGCGUUUUUAGUUUGUCUUGCUGAUGAGUAGUUGUAAGAGGAUGCCCUCUUUCUGGAAUCAGGCUGUCUGGUAUGUUAACUGCAGAUACAUGGGGGUAUCAGAGUAUAAUGAAUUUGUCUUUGCAGUAAUUGGGUAUAUUGGAACUUUGGAAGGAUUGUGUUAUCAUUCUAAAUGACCUCUACAAACGAUUUGUAUCUCGGUUAGUAUAAGGGCUUUUUAUUUUAUUUACUACGGAGUAGUAUUUAUUUAUUUUUGGCCAUCAUAAAACGUUAUUAUAAAAUUAAGACAAGCGAAACUUA